AUGGAUACCACAAAAACACAUUCCCUACCCUUUGAGGCAGUGGAUGAUUUGAUCUACGACGCCCGUGCAGGCGAUCUUGAAUCUCUGCAAGCAGAUAUCACGAAAUUUAGUCAAGAAUAUAACUGCUCACCUGCCGAUAUAAUCAAGGCUGCCAUCGAUGCAGAAGACGAGAGUGAAGGAGGUACUGGGUCGUGCCUUUUACACUGGCCUGCAGCCAACGGAAAUGCCGAAAUAUUAAAAUACCUGCUCAGCCUGCUUAAGGUGCAGAAUGGGGAACAAGACUCUUCAAAUAUUCAAAUCAUAAACCAUAAGAACCAUUCUGGGAACACGCCGCUGCACUGGGCGGCUCUCAACUCUCAUUUGGAAUGUGUCAAGGCUCUUGUUGAAGCGGGGGCGGAUAUAAUUAUAAAGAAUAACGCGGGACAUGAUACUGUUUUUGUGGCUGAGCAGUCUGAUUGGAAUGCAACUGCUACCACGGAAGAAGAGGGCAAGGAAGAGGAUACUGUAGGGUUAGAAGGAGAGAAGGUAGAGGGAGAUGAGGCUGAAGCUGAAGUCGAAAGCUCCACGCCGCGAGAGAUGACGAAGGGCCAACAGGUGGUAGAAUGGUUGUUGACUUGCGAGAAGGGUUCGGAUGUAGAAAAGAGUGCUGUCGAAGAUGUUGAUGCGGCGAUGGGUGAAGGUGAUGCUAGUUCAAGCAAGUAG